CUUUGACCUCGUAGCCACUGGCGGUAUCUCUGUUGUCUUACUCUUUGACCGAUCACCUUUCCUGUCUGAAAAGAGAACACUCUGGUUGCCCUGGAAUCAGUUUAUUGUGGUAGAGAAAGUAAUCAUGCAGAGAACUGUAGCAGACACACCGUCCUGUGAUAUUUCCAACUUCAUCAGCCCAAACCCUAUUGUGCUUCCUUCACCACUUACAUCAUUUGGAGGGUCCUGUCCAGAAAGGGGAACUAUUGUUCCUGAGCUUCAGGUUGUACAGGAAGAAAUCCCCAUUCCUUCCAGCUUUGUGAGGCUGAGUUACCUGAGCAGUCGAACACCCGGGUAUAAAACUUUGCUACGGAUCCUUUUGACACAUUCAACGAUUCCUGUGGGCAUGAUUAAAGUACACCUCACAGUAGCUGUGGAAGGGCGACUCACACAGAAGUGGUUUCCUGCUGCAAUUAAUCUUGUCUACACAUUUGCUUGGAACAAGACAGACAUCUAUGGACAAAAAGUAUGGGGCCUGGCAGAAGCUUUGGUGUCUGUGGGAUAUGAAUAUGAGAUGUGCCCUGACUUUAUUCUCUGGGAACAAAGGACAGUGGUUUUGCAGGGAUUUGAGAUGGACGCAUCUAACCUAGGAGGCUGGUCCUUGAAUAAGCAUCAUAUUUUUAAUCCUCAAAGUGGAAUCAUACACAAAGGAAAUGGAGAAAAUAUGUUCAUUUCCCAGCAGCCCCCAGUCAUAUCAACCAUAAUGGGUAAUGGACACCAAAGGAGUGUAGCCUGCACUAACUGCAAUGGCCCAGCACACAACAACAAACUCUUUGCUCCUGUUGCUUUAGCUUCUGGCCCUGAUGGUAGUGUGUAUGUUGGCGACUUCAAUUUUGUAAGGAGAAUAUUUCCUUCAGGAAAUUCCGUUAGCAUUUUGGAAUUAAGAAACAGAGAUACCAGACAUAGCACAAGCCCUGCACACAAGUACUAUCUGGCUAUGGACCCUAUGUCUGAAUCACUCUACCUAUCAGACACCAAUACUCGAAAAGUCUACAAACUGAAAUCACUUGUGGAAACAAAAGAUCUGUCUAAGAAUUUUGAGGUAGUGGCGGGAACAGGUGAUCAGUGCCUUCCCUUUGAUCAGAGUCACUGCGGAGAUGGUGGAAAAGCCUCAGAAGCAUCAUUGAACAGCCCACGAGGCAUCACUGUUGAUAGGAAUGGAUUCAUUUACUUUGUGGAUGGGACUAUGAUCCGAAGAAUUGAUGAGAAUGCUGUGAUCACAACUGUAAUUGGCUCAAACGGUCUGACUUCCACCCAGCCAUUGAGCUGUGACUCAGGAAUGGACAUCACUCAGGUGCGAUUAGAGUGGCCAACAGACCUUACAGUCAAUCCCAUGGACAACUCAUUGUAUAUCCUGGAUAACAACAUCGUGCUGCAAAUUUCUGAGAACCGGCGCGUGCGGAUCAUUGCAGGGCGUCCCAUUCACUGCCAGGUGCCCGGCAUCGAUCAUUUCUUGGUCAGCAAAGUAGCUAUUCACUCCACUCUGGAGUCAGCUAGGGCCAUCAGCGUCUCCCACAGCGGGCUGCUCUUCAUCGCUGAAACAGACGAGAGGAAAGUGAACCGCAUUCAGCAAGUGACCACCAAUGGGGAGAUUUCCAUCAUAGCCGGUGCCCCCACUGACUGCGACUGCAAAAUUGAUCCCAACUGUGACUGUUUUUCAGGUGAUGGUGGUUAUGCCAAAGAUGCAAAGAUGAAAGCCCCUUCCUCCUUAGCAGUGUCACCAGAUGGUACCCUCUAUGUAGCAGAUCUUGGCAAUGUUCGAAUUCGUACCAUCAGCAGAAACCAAGCUCACCUAAAUGAUAUGAACCUUUAUGAGAUUGCCUCACCUGCUGACCAAGAACUCUACCAGUUCACUGUCAAUGGAACCCACCUCCAUACCAUGAACUUGAUAACAAGGGACUAUGUAUAUAACUUCACCUACAACGCUGAAGGUGAUUUGGGUGCAAUCACUAGUAGCAAUGGCAAUUCAGUUCAUAUUCGCCGGGAUGCAGGCGGGAUGCCCCUAUGGCUUGUGGUGCCUGGCGGGCAAGUCUACUGGCUGACCAUAAGCAGCAAUGGAGUCCUGAAAAGAGUGUCAGCCCAAGGGUACAAUUUGGCCUUGAUGACCUACCCAGGAAACACGGGACUUCUAGCAACAAAAAGUAAUGAAAAUGGAUGGACAACUGUUUAUGAGUAUGACCCCGAGGGACAUCUGACCAAUGCAACGUUUCCUACUGGAGAGGUCAGCAGCUUCCACAGUGACCUGGAAAAGCUGACGAAAGUAGAACUAGACACAUCUAACCGCGAAAAUGUCCUCAUGUCAACCAACCUGACAGCAACUAGUACUAUAUACAUUUUAAAACAAGAAAAUACUCAAAGUACCUAUCGGGUGAGCCCGGAUGGUUCUCUACGUGUCACCUUUGCCAGUGGGAUGGAGAUCAGCCUCAGCUCAGAGCCCCACAUCCUGGCAGGGGCUGUCAAUCCUACUCUGGGAAAAUGCAACAUUUCUUUGCCUGGAGAGCAUAAUGCAAACCUCAUUGAAUGGAGACAGCGAAAGGAGCAAAACAAAGGCAACGUUUCAGCUUUUGAAAGAAGACUGAGGGCCCAUAACAGAAACCUACUCUCCAUUGAUUUUGAUCAUAUGACCCGCACUGGAAAGAUCUAUGAUGAUCAUCGAAAAUUUACCCUUCGUAUUCUUUAUGACCAAACCGGACGACCUAUUCUGUGGUCUCCUGUAAGCAGAUAUAAUGAAGUGAACAUCACAUAUUCGCCUUCAGGAUUAGUCACAUUUAUUCAAAGAGGAACCUGGAAUGAAAAGAUGGAAUAUGACCAGAGUGGAAAAAUAAUCUCAAGAACUUGGGCUGAUGGGAAAAUUUGGAGCUAUACCUACUUAGAAAAAUCUGUGAUGCUUCUCUUACACAGUCAGCGGCGUUACAUCUUUGAGUAUGACCAAUCAGAUUGUCUGCUGUCAGUCACCAUGCCUAGCAUGGUGCGCCACAGCUUACAAACCAUGCUUUCGGUGGGCUACUACCGUAACAUCUACACUCCACCAGACAGCAGCACCUCUUUUAUCCAAGACUACAGUCGAGAUGGACGACUGCUACAGACUCUGCAUCUAGGGACGGGGCGCAGAGUUUUAUACAAGUACACAAAGCAAGCGAGACUCUCUGAGAUUCUCUAUGACACCACUCAAGUCACACUAACUUAUGAAGAGUCUUCUGGAGUGAUUAAGACAAUACACCUGAUGCAUGAUGGAUUCAUCUGCACUAUCAGAUACAGGCAAACAGGACCUCUUAUUGGACGUCAGAUUUUCCGAUUCAGUGAAGAAGGUCUUGUGAAUGCGCGGUUUGACUACAGUUACAACAACUUCCGUGUCACCAGCAUGCAAGCAGUGAUCAAUGAGACCCCUUUACCCAUAGAUCUAUACCGAUAUGUUGAUGUUUCUGGUAGAACAGAACAAUUUGGAAAGUUCAGUGUAAUUAAUUAUGAUUUAAAUCAGGUUAUAACGACUACAGUGAUGAAGCACACUAAGAUCUUCAAUGCCAAUGGACAAGUCAUUGAAGUCCAAUAUGAGAUCCUAAAGGCAAUUGCCUACUGGAUGACUAUCCAGUAUGAUAUUAUGGGCCGGAUGGUUAUAUGUGAUAUAAGGGUAGGAGUAGAUGCCAAUAUCACAAGGUACUUCUAUGAAUACGAUGCUGAUGGGCAACUUCAAACUGUUUCUGUGAAUGAUAAAACCCAAUGGCGUUAUAGUUACGAUCUUAAUGGAAACAUCAACCUCUUGAGCCAUGGGAAUAGUGCUCGUCUUACUCCUCUCCGAUAUGACCUCCGAGACCGCAUUACUAGACUAGGAGAGAUUCAGUAUAAAAUGGAUGAAGAUGGCUUUCUCAGACAGAGAGGAAAUGAUAUAUUUGAGUAUAAUUCUAAUGGUCUGAUGCAGAAAGCCUACAAUAAGGUUUCUGGCUGGACUGUACAGUAUUACUAUGAUGGGCUUGGGCGACGUGUUGCCAGCAAGUCUAGCCUAGGACAGCAUCUCCAAUUCUUUUAUGCAGACCUUGCCAACCCUAUAAGAGUCACUCAUCUAUACAACCACACAAGCUCAGAGAUUACAUCUCUUUAUUAUGAUCUCCAAGGUCACCUUAUUGCCAUGGAGUUAAGCAGUGGUGAAGAAUAUUAUGUAGCCUGUGAUAAUAUGGGCACUCCACUAGCUGUGUUCAGCAGUCGGGGUCAGGUCAUAAAGGAGAUUCUGUAUACACCUUAUGGUGACAUCUACCAUGAUACUUACCCUGACUUUCAGGUCAUAAUUGGUUUUCAUGGAGGACUCUAUGAUUUUCUUACUAAAUUAGUGCAUCUAGGCCAAAGGGAUUAUGAUGUUGUUGCUGGCAGAUGGACAACGCCUAAUCAUCACAUAUGGAAACAGUUGAACCUUCUUCCUAAACCAUUCAACCUCUACUCCUUUGAGAAUAACUACCCAGUUGGCAAAAUCCAAGAUGUUGCAAAGUAUACCACAGACAUUGGCAGUUGGUUAGAGCUGUUUGGUUUCCAGUUACAUAAUGUACUACCAGGAUUUCCCAAACCAGAACUAGAAAACUUGGAAUUAACUUACGAGCUUCUUCAGCUUCAGACAAAAACUCAAGAAUGGGACCCUGGAAAGAUGAUCCUGGGCAUUCAGUGUGAGCUCCAGAAACAGCUCAGGAAUUUCAUUUCCUUGGAUCAGCUUCCUAUGACUCCUCAGUACAAUGAGGGGCGGUGCCUUGAAGGAGGGAAACAGCCAAGGUUUGCUGCUGUCCCUUCUGUCUUUGGCAAAGGUAUAAAAUUUGCCAUCAAGGAGGGCAUAGUGACAGCUGAUAUUAUAGGAGUUGCCAAUGAAGAUAGCAGGCGUCUUGCUGCCAUUCUCAACAAUGCUCAUUACCUGGAAAACCUGCAUUUUACCAUAGAAGGGAGGGACACUCACUACUUCAUUAAGCUCGGGUCUCUGGAGGAAGACCUGGUGCUCAUCGGUAACACUGGGGGGAGGCGGAUUCUGGAGAAUGGUGUCAAUGUCACUGUGUCUCAGAUGACAUCAGUGUUAAAUGGGAGGACUAGACGGUUUGCAGACAUUCAACUGCAGCACGGAGCUCUGUGCUUCAAUAUCCGGUACGGAACGACUGUUGAAGAGGAAAAGAACCAUGUGUUGGAGAUGGCCAGACAGCGCGCGGUGGCCCAGGCCUGGACUCAGGAGCAGAGGAGACUACAGGAAGGAGAAGAAGGGAUCCGGGCAUGGACAGAGGGGGAAAAACAGCAGCUUUUGAGCACUGGGAGGGUGCAAGGGUAUGAUGGGUAUUUUGUCUUGUCUGUUGAGCAGUAUUUAGAACUUUCAGACAGUGCCAACAAUAUUCACUUUAUGAGACAGAGCGAAAUAGGCAGGAGGUAACAAAAGAAAUCCCUGCCUUUGCGUCACCAAAGACUGCCUGUUUUUAAAACAAAA